UUCACUUCAUUUACUUAGGCAAAAGAUAUAAAGAUUGUCAAGAGAUGCUGAGGCAGAACAAAGACCUGGUAAACCAGAACGGUGUCUAUACGAUUUAUCUCGGAUGUAACAAACCACGGAGGGUCUUCUGUGACAUGACGACCAAUGGAGGCGGAUGGACGGUGAUACAGAGAAGGAUUGAUGGAUCAACAGACUUUAACAGAGAAUGGAAAGAUUACAAGGAAGGCUUUGGGGAACCAAGUAAAGAAUACUGGUUAGGGAAUGACGCAAUUCAUGAUCUUACCGAUAGAAGAGAACAAGAAUUGUGGAUAGACUUGGGGAAAUUCUCUGGCUCAUUCGUGUACGCUCGAUAUUCAAACUUUUCAAUCGGGAAUGAGAAAGACAAAUACCAACUGACUAUUGCAGGAUAUAGCGGAAAUGCAGGAGACGCGAUGGUGAGUUCUGUAAAUUUAAAUGGUAUGUCGUUUACAACAAAGGAUCGUGAUAAUGAUAAGAGCUCCGCCAGCUGUGCUGUUAAGUAUCGCACUGGUGGAUGGUGGUACUAUAGCUGUGGACAUUCAGCUCUCAACGGUGACUACCAAACCACAAACAAGAAGAACUACAAAGGUCUGUUUUGGGGAGCAAAUAGUGAAAACAUGAAAUCUGUUAAAAUGAUGAUCAGGUCAAAAUUAUCAUCCCCAUACGUCAGAUGAAUCUGUAUGAUGACAUUUUUGAUAUGAAAUGGUUAGAAGGUUGCCUCGAGGAAAAUGAUCACAAUGUUAUAGAUAUGAUGUAUAUUAAAUGUUAAACGUUGAA